AGUAAAUACAGGGGCCAUCAAGCUUGUUGUCGUCACUUUCUCUUCCUUGCAAUGAUGCUUCGCGGCGGAUUGAGGUAUUUAUGCGUGGUUGAGAGCAUGGCGCGGCGCGGUGUCGGCUCCGGAUCGAAUGUACAGCUGCUCGUUGCGCGGUCUCUCUCAUCUAUGGCUCCUAACAGCAGCAGUAACCGCGUCUUUUCCAUCUCCUGCUGGCCGCAUGUCCCCACUGGGGCUGCCGCUGGUGCUGCGCCACGCCGUGUGCUCGGCUUUCCAUCACCGUCUGCAUUUGCUGUGAGGCGCAGCGCUAACUUCCGCCUCUGGUCCAGUGGCAGGACGUCCCAGGACUCGAAAGAGACGGCACCCCUUAGGGGAGAGGCUACGUCAUCAUCAUCCCCAGUCCAGAGCGAUGAGGAUCUCGAGAAGGAGCUGGAGCAGCCCACGGAAGAACAUCAACGACAGUCGUGGCGCCAACGAGCCAAGACCUUCGCCGUCGAGUACGGCCGCGUGGGCAUCUGCACGCACAUCGUGCUGUCGGUUCUGUCGUUCUCUAUCAUCUACGUGGGCGUCUCAAGCGGCGUGGACGUAUCCUCUCUCUUAGACUCGGUGGGCUUAUCCACCUCAGCGAGUGACUCAACAACCAACUCAGCCGGGUCUCUCCUCAUCGCCUACACGCUGUACAAAGUGUUGGCCCCCGUCCGGUGGCCACUUACAUUUGCUGUCACUCCCGUGGUUUUACGUGCAUUGAGGCGCAGAGGGUACAUGCUUGCAUCAACCAACUCAUCCAGCCGAAGUCCGCCGCCAUCUGAAUAAUUUGAUUCAAUGAAUGUCGUAUUCAACGGAGAUCCUAGAGCUCUCUCGACGCGUAUAUGCAAUAAAGGUGAUUGAAUUCGCACUAUAAGCUCUUCGCGCGUUAGAUUUGUCACGUUAUUCAAAUAUGUGCGGCAC